GCAGAUAGGCAGACAGUAGAGAGGAUCAGUAAUUCAGUAGACACGACGGUCAGUCAGUAGGUCGUUUGGUUACCGGGAAUGUUUCGCCCGGUUGCGUGUUUUAGUAUUUUACGAUUAGCUAACACCUUAUUAACAUAGUACUGUGAUAGUGUAAUUAUAUAACAAAUCAUAUUGUGAUGUACAUACCGAACUAGUCUAAUUCAAGUGUAUCAUAUAAUCAUAAGUUUCCUUAUAUGAAUCUGUUAUAAAUAAUCGAAUAAAAUAAUUGCAAGCAAACGUCCUUGUCUACUCCAUUUAGUUUUUGUAUACCUUAAAAAUUACUACAGGUACAUGUUUUCGUCGUAGUAAUCCUACUGUUAUUUAAUAUAAGAUCUACUCAUCAAGGAUGCAUAUUUACAGAAAAUGUCCCGUAGAAGACUAUUAAUAGGGGGCACAACAGGGGCCGCAACAGCAGUGUUAGCAGCAUGGGCACUCUCAGCUGACGACUCAAUUGUGAAUUGGUACAGACGAAGAAAUGUUGCUGCAAAAACGGAACGGAAAAAGCGGCCGCUCCCGUCACGAACUGAACAGGUGGCGAGUUUGCAGGCUGGCCACGUAUACGACAUACUCAUCAUCGGGGGUGGCGCCACUGGAGUGGGCUGUGCACUCGAUGCUACCACCAGAGGUCUCCGCACCGCCCUCGUCGAGGCUGACGACUUCGCGAGCGGCACAUCCAGUAGGAGUACCAAGCUGAUCCACGGCGGCGUCCGAUAUUUACAGAAGGCUAUCAUGCAAUUAGACUAUGACCAGUAUAAAAUGGUGAAAGAGGCAUUGCACGAAAGAGCCAACAUGUUGGAGGUCGCGCCGCACCUCACUCGACCGCUGCCGAUCUUGCUCCCUGUUUAUAAAUGGUGGCAAGUCCCGUACUAUUGGUUCGGCAUCAAAAUGUACGAUCUUGUCGCCGGCGACAGAAACGUAAAAAGUUCGUAUUACUUGUCCAAGAAGAACACUCUCGAACUAUUCCCGAUGUUAAAGUCGGAUAACCUGUGUGGUGGGAUUGUUUACUAUGACGGCCAACAAGACGACGCUCGUAUGAACCUCGCGAUAGCACUAACGGCGGCGCGGCAUGGAGCCACCAUCGCCAACCAUGUCAGUGUGAAGAAGCUGCACAAGACUAAUGGAAAGCUCAGCGGUGCUAGGUUAAAGGACGAGAUCUCUGGUAAAGAGUGGGAUGUGCAAGCAAAAUGCAUAAUAAACGCUACAGGCCCCUUCACGGAUUCCAUCAGGAAGAUGGACGACCCCAACAUUAAGGAUAUCUGCUGCCCGUCCUCAGGCGUUCACAUUGUCUUACCCGGUUACUACAGUCCUGAACACAUGGGUCUUCUCGAUCCUGCUACCUCUGACGGUCGUGUGAUCUUCUUCCUGCCCUGGCUGAAGGGCACCAUCGCUGGCACCACCGACAUGCCGUGUCAAGUCACGCACAGUCCGAGACCUACUGAGGACGAGAUCCUCUUCAUCCUCACCGAGGUUAAGAACUAUUUGAACCCUGAUGUUGAAGUUCGACGCGGUGACGUGCUAUCCGCGUGGUCAGGCAUCCGACCUUUGGUGUCGGACCCCAACAAGCCAGACACGCAGUCGCUGGCGCGCAACCACGUGGUGCAUGUGUCCCCCUCCGGCCUGGUCACCAUCGCUGGCGGCAAGUGGACCACAUACCGCUCCAUGGCCGCCGAGACCAUCGACGAGGCCAUCAAGAGUGCAAAUCUGAAGCCCAUAUACCGCGAGUGCCAGACUGAUGGGUUCCUCAUAGAGGGCGCACAUGGAUGGACUCCCACUAUGUACAUUAGAUUAGUACAGGACUUUGGUUUGGAAAUGGAAGUAGCACAACAUUUAGCUAAAUCAUAUGGUGACCGAGCAUUCGCUGUCGCUAAGAUGGCCGCGAUGACGGGCAAACGGUGGCCAAUUAUUGGCAAGAAAAUUCACCCAGAGUUCCCAUAUAUUGAUGCUGAAAUUAGGUAUGGUGUUCGCGAGUAUGCGUGUACGGCUGUAGACAUGAUCGCGCGGCGACUGCGUCUCGCCUUCCUCAAUGUUCAGGCCGCCGCCGAGGCUCUGCCUGCAGUCGUUGAAAUAAUGGCUGAGGAGCUCAAAUGGAGCGAGGCUGAAAAAGCUCGUCAAAUUAAAACGGCGAGCGAGUUUCUAGCCAACGAGAUGGGACAAAUGGUGAACCGCGCCAGCCGCGACAAGAUACCGAUCAACCUCAGCAAAGCUGAGAUCCAGACAUACAUCAAGAGGUUCCAGAUCAUUGAUAAGGAUAGGAAAGGAUUCGUCUCUAUAAACGAUAUUAGAAGAAGUCUCAAGAAUUACGGCGAGGAGGUGACCGGUGAACAGUUGCACGAAAUAUUGAGAGAAAUCGACACUAACAUGAACGGACAAGUCGAACUCGACGAAUAUCUGCAGAUGAUGUCAGCGAUCAAAUCAGGCCAUGUAGCGUACUCUAGGUUCGCUCGAAUGGCGGAGAUGGAAGAGGAGCAUCACGAGAAGGAAGCUCUUAAUAAGAAGAUCACAGUAGAGAGAAGCGGUGGUGGCUUGUAAGCAAGCAUUUUAGUACAAUGAUAAAUGGAAUUCACUACAACAAAUUAGUUGUUCAAACGUAAAAUACAUCCAACGAACUGCCCAUUAGUAUUUCUCUUUAUUUUAACUAACACAAACGUUAAUUAUUUUCAAUUGUUGCCACGUCAGUUUAUUUAGCUUUUUUUUUUAAAUUUAUUUAUUAAAACACCUCACCAGUACUCACAAUAUAGCUUCAUUCUUAUCCUAGCCUUUAUUCCCUUAGAAACUAUGUACAGUUUGCUAGAUAAUAUGCAUAUUAAAUAGGUGACCAAGGAGUCAUAAACAUUUCUGAUAUUUUAUUAUCGAUUGAAACAUCUAAUGUAAUCCUGAACAUGAUAAAUCAAAUUUCAUUUGAUCUAUUCAAUUGUGUAUAUGGGUGAUUGAUUUCCUAACGAACAUCUUCAUAAAUUAUUUAAUUUCUAAUACUAGUAUAUUGUACCUAGAAAUAUAUUUAUCAUAUCAAUUAUUUCUUUAAGAGGAUAUAAAUAUUAUAAAAAAAUAAUUCAAGUAUUCCUGUACUUGUGAUAUUUACUAACGUUUUAAAAAUCUUGUCUACAUUAUUUUAGGCUGACUGUACUAAAAUAAAGGUGGAAAUAUUUAAAAUUAUGUAAUUGUAUUAAAUGCGAUAUUUAUUGGGCGAUAAUUUAUCGGAGCACGGCACAAAUUAACAAACAAAACACCAAUUUAUACAUAUUGUGAUUAUGUGAGGGUCCAUUAUCUUUUUUACCAAUGGUUCUAAAUAAAUACUUUUCAACUGAGCGGGGAACCAACAACAUAAUUUACACUUUAAUUUUCGCUUAUUUAUAUCCCUAAAUAUAGCGUACGAUUAGAAAUAAAAUUGGACUUAACGACAUUUAUAUUAGGUCUUUUACGAAUAUUUUAUUGAUAUUUAUAUUGAGUCUUGUUUUAAAUGGCACUAAGUCCAUUUUUAUUCUAUCUAAAGGACAUUGUUUGUAAAAUAGUAAAAUAUUCCUCCUGACAUUUUGAGUAAAGGCGGACCUGCGUUGCUUUAUAAGUAGUAUCAUUUUUGAAGUGAUGAGGAUUCAGGUUCGGAGUUUCUAAAAAAGAUAAAUCACAGUUGGCAUUCCUAAUUGCAACCAAGCAGGCCGUAUGUUUAAAUUCUCGUAAAGAAAAAGAAAUUCCAAGAAAACACUAUAUACCGCUAUUAUAGCUAAAUAUUUUUGCAAUAUUGUAAUACUAGUACAUCCCGGGUAAUAACGACAUCUAUGACUUAAAUUGGACGUCAUUCUUCAGUCAUGUACCGACUUUAAAAUGACUAAAUAAUUAAUUUCAUAUACAUAACGGAGGUUUGGUUAUCGUUAAAUGUUAUAAUUUAUUCAUUGUAAUUAUGUAUAUUUAAUGUAAUAUUUAUUACGCGUUGUUGUUUUAAAUUCAUUUUGUUAUAUCAAUCAUGCAAUCAUGUUAAACAAAUGUAAGUACAAUGUAAUUUAAAUAAUAAAUUUAUACAAAAAUACCUAAUGUAUAAUAAAAAUAAUCAGUUAUAAGAACAAGAGUGCUAUUUUUGUCUGGUUUAUUAUAUCUCUUAUGGUCUGAUUAGAAGAUAAUAUUAAACUUUUUCUAAACUAUCUUUAUAAUAUAGACCAUUCUGUAUGAAAUGGAUGAUAUUUUCAAUUGUGCAAUAAAUUGACGUCGAUAUUA